AUGGGAUCAAUGGGUGCAACUGUUAUUACACUCUCUUUUAUGCUUCAUCCAAAAUGUCUAGAAUAUUUUAAUUCUGAUCUUAAUAAUUUUUCAUAUACUUCUUUGGGAUGCGAACUGGAUGCAGUUGCUUUAAAAAUUUUUGGAAUAUGUGUGAAUGCAGCUUCAGUUGAGAGAAUGUGGUCAUCUAUGGGUUUUUUACAUACAGUUCGUCAUAAUCGAUUAAUGAGAAAAGGAAUUGAAGUUGAAGAUCCUGAAACUUUAAUAGAAGAAGUAGUAGCACGAAUGGAGGAGGAAGAGGCAUCGAGAGAAAAUUCAAAUAGUAAUUUGGAAGGUGAUCUUUUAAGUGAAUAUACACAUCCAGCAAUAGAUAAAAGAGCAAGAUGGGAGCUCAGAGUUCAUCUUUAAAUGGGUUUUCGAAUUAGCGUGAUCAGAUGAUUUGUUAAUCAAUUAUAACAAAAAACCGAAAAUAACCGAAUAUAACCGAAACCCCCAUACAAAUUAUAUUCAAAAAGUUAUUCCAAAUAAUUAAUGGUCAAUUAUUUUUGUUCUGGUCACUUUUUAAUAUGGUAACCACUAAUGUAAUAAUAAGAAUUACAUGAAAUGAAAUUGAAAUCGAUUAUAGAAAUCGAUUAUAGAAAUCAUAGGAAUCGAAACUACCAAGUUAUAUAUUGCUAGCGAAAAUACGAAAAAAACGGCAAAAAAUAUUUUGAACAAUGAUACUUAGCAUUGUGUAGAUCUUAUAGUUUAUAUGUCCACAUGAUCACUUUUUGUAAUAAUUCCGCAGCUGAUAUUUAAAACACUAAAAGAUUUGUUGGUUGCCGAUCGUACUAAAAUAG